UAAUGCAAAUAUGUGAAGAGGAGGGUAGAGGUAAAGAAAGACGAAAGGCUCUCUUGGAGAAGGAAGAACAUAAAUGGAAGGAGAUAGAAGCUUCUCUCAUAUCCUCUAUUCCUAAUGCUGGAAGCAGGGAAGCAGCAGCCAUGGCAGCUGCUGUUCGUGCAGUAGGAGGUGAUUUUGUUCUUGAUGUUUCUAGCAUUGCUCGCAGGAUAUGUUCAACUCAAUUAGCUCAUCGAGCCCUUCAGGUGUGUGCUUUUGUUCUUACUUGGACUAUGUGACAAUUGGAAGAUGUUUCGGCUAGAAAAGCAAAGGAUAAUUGGCCUUCUGUGAUGUUUGCAAUGGCAAGAGGGGUGGUACUUAGCCUUGGAAAUCUCUCAACUCAGUAUGCUUGGGCUUUUGUUGGCUUAUCAGUCACAGAAGUGAUCACUGGAAGCAUAACAGUUGUUAUAGGAACAACCUCGAAUUACUUUUUAGACAAUAGAAUUAAUAGAGCCAAGAUCCUUUUCCCUGGCGUUGGCUGCUUCUUGGUUGCAGUUUGCCUUGCUUCUACUGUCCACUCAUCUAAUGCAGCUGAUAAUAAAGAAAAGCUUGAAGGUUUUUCAUCUAAAGAGGGGUGUUUGGGAAAAGCACUCUCAUUGGACUGUCCAUAUGUUUCUUUGCUGGUGUUUGCUUUUCUCUAUUCUCACCAGCAUUCAACUUGGCAACAAAUGAUCAAUGGCAUACAUUGAAAGAUGGGGUUC